AGCCGGCCCAGGAGCCCUGCCAUUUACAGUGGCUCCUCUCUUUAUCUCUGACAUACCCGCUCUCUGGGAAUGAGGACAUUGAUCCAGCUCUGGAGAUUCUACAGGAUAACCACUGGAGUCCCUCUGGAUUCUCUGUUGCCAUGAUCCCAUGGUUUUGGAUGACCACGGACAUGGACACUCUUUGAAUUUCAUACCAUGCAGAGUCAUUUUUAUUUCCCUGGGUCCUUGACUGACUUUAGAACAGUGCCCAACCCAAGUUCAAAGGCUGAUGAGCAAGAAAAACUCAUGAAGAGGUUUUACUCUAGGGAAAGUUGUUCAGUAGAUGGAAUCUUGGUGCAUAGGGAAAGAUGUCAGGCUCUUUCUGGCUCCUUCUCAGCUUUGCUGCUUUAACUGCUGCUCAAUCCACCACUGAAGAACUGGCCAAGACAUUUUUGGAGAAGUUUAACCAUGAAGCCGAAGAGCUGUCUUAUCAAAGUUCACUUGCUUCCUGGAAUUAUAACACCAACAUCACAGACGAGAAUGUCCAAAAAAUGAAUGAGGCCGGGGCCAAAUGGUCUGCCUUUUAUGAAGAACAGUCCAAGCUUGCCAAAACUUACCCGCUAGCAGAAAUUCACAAUACCACCGUCAAACGUCAAUUGCAGGCCCUUCAGCAGAGUGGGUCAUCAGUGCUCUCAGCAGACAAGAGCCAACGAUUGAACACAAUCUUAAAUGCAAUGAGCACGAUCUACAGUACUGGAAAAGCUUGUAACCCAAACAAUCCACAGGAGUGCUUAUUACUUGAACCAGGCUUGGAUGACAUCAUGGAAAACAGCAAAGACUACAACGAGAGGCUCUGGGCUUGGGAAGGCUGGAGGGCUGAGGUCGGCAAGCAGCUGAGGCCAUUAUAUGAAGAGUACGUGGCCCUGAAAAAUGAGAUGGCAAGAGCAAACAAUUAUGAGGACUAUGGAGAUUAUUGGAGAGGAGAUUAUGAAGAGGAGUGGACAGAUGGCUAUAACUAUAGCCGCAGCCAGUUGAUUAAAGACGUGGAACAUACCUUCACACAGAUUAAGCCACUGUACCAACAUCUUCAUGCUUACGUGAGGGCAAAGUUGAUGGAUACCUACCCUUCCCGUAUCAGCCCAACUGGAUGCCUCCCUGCCCAUUUGCUUGGCGAUAUGUGGGGUCGAUUUUGGACAAAUCUGUACCCUUUGACAGUCCCCUUUGGACAGAAACCAAACAUAGAUGUUACUGAUGCAAUGGUGAACCAGAGCUGGGAUGCAAGGAGGAUAUUCAAGGAAGCUGAGAAAUUCUUUGUGUCUGUUGGCCUUCCCAACAUGACUCAAGGAUUCUGGGAAAACUCCAUGCUAACCGAGCCAGGAGACAGCCGGAAAGUGGUCUGCCACCCCACAGCUUGGGACCUAGGGAAGGGUGACUUCAGGAUCAAGAUGUGCACAAAGGUGACGAUGGAUGACUUCCUGACGGCCCAUCACGAGAUGGGACACAUCCAGUAUGACAUGGCAUAUGCCGUGCAACCCUUCCUGCUAAGAAAUGGAGCUAAUGAGGGGUUCCAUGAAGCUGUCGGGGAGAUCAUGUCACUUUCUGCGGCUACACCCAACCAUCUGAAAACCAUUGGUCUUCUGUCACCUGGUUUUUCUGAAGACAGUGAAACAGAAAUAAACUUCCUACUCAAACAAGCACUUACAAUUGUUGGAACGCUACCGUUUACUUAUAUGUUAGAAAAGUGGAGGUGGAUGGUCUUUAAGGGUGAAAUUCCCAAGGAGCAGUGGAUGCAAAAGUGGUGGGAGAUGAAGCGAGAGAUAGUCGGGGUGGUGGAGCCUGUGCCCCAUGAUGAAACAUACUGUGACCCUGCAUCUCUGUUCCAUGUUGCUAAUGAUUACUCAUUCAUCAGAUACUACACAAGGACCAUUUAUCAAUUCCAGUUUCAAGAAGCCCUUUGUCGAAUAGCUAAACAUGAAGGUCCCCUGCACAAAUGUGAUAUCUCAAAUUCCAGUGAAGCCGGGAAGAAGCUGCUCCAAAUGCUGACCCUUGGAAAAUCAAAGCCCUGGACCUUAGCAUUGGAACAUGUUGUAGGAGAAAAGAAAAUGAAUGUAACACCACUGCUCAAGUACUUUGAGCCCUUGUUUACCUGGCUGAAAGAGCAGAACAGGAAUUCUUUUGUGGGAUGGAACACUGACUGGCGUCCAUAUGCUGACCAAAGCAUUAAAGUGAGGAUAAGCCUAAAAUCAGCUCUUGGAGACGAAGCAUAUGAAUGGAAUGACAAUGAAAUGUACUUGUUCCGGUCAUCUGUUGCAUACGCCAUGAGAGAAUAUUUUUCCAAAGUCAAAAACCAGACGAUUCCUUUUGUGGAGGAUAACGUGUGGGUGAGCAAUUUGAAACCAAGGAUCUCCUUCAACUUCUUUGUCACUGCAUCGAAAAAUGUGUCUGACGUCAUUCCUAGAAGUGAAGUCGAAGAGGCCAUCAGGAUGUCCCGGAGCCGUAUCAAUGAUGCUUUCCGCCUGGAUGACAACAGCCUGGAGUUUCUGGGUAUUCAGCCAACUCUGUCACCCCCUUACCAGCCACCUGUCACCAUAUGGCUGAUUGUUUUUGGGGUCGUGAUGGGUGUGGUAGUGGUUGGUAUUGUCCUGCUCAUCGUCUCCGGGAUCAGAAAUCGAAGGAAAAACAAUCAAGCAAGAAGUGAAGAAAAUCCUUACGCCUCCGUGGACUUGAGUAAAGGAGAAAAUAAUCCAGGAUUCCAACAUGCUGAUGAUGUUCAGACUUCAUUUUAGGAAAAUCUAUUUCCUCUUGAGGUGAUUUCAUUGUAUGUAAAUGUUGAUUUUACGGCACUGACAAUAUGAGAUUAUAAAGAUGUCAUUAAAUAUCAAAACCAUGGCUCUGUUCAGGAAAGGUUGUCCCAAGGAGACAGGCCUGAAGAUAGGGCAUCUUCACUUGCUUUCAGUAUUUAUUUCUGCCUCAGGAUUUGACUUCUGUUUAUAUUUGAGAGUAAUAGAAAAAAGGGGUCUUUGGCCUCGGUGGCUGUUUGGGGGUAAUGGAUGUGGGAAUGUCUGUUGCACGGCUGGAAUUUCUGCACGGGAGGCUGUACGGGAGGGAGCAAGUGUUGGGGCCUUGUAUGGAAUCUGGAUGGAUCGCUUUUCAGGACAGCGUCUGCGAACUGGUGGAGCGGCAGGGAUCCAGAACGGCACACACUGCUCGCUUUAUUUCAAGUAUAAAGGCUGACACGCUCUUUUCACGUUAACUUAAUCUAAGUACUGUAGUGAUUUGCCCACAGUGAUGAUUGGACUGGACCACGUGUUCUUCGGGUUGCCAUGUCUAAAGAAGAGAAGAAUCCGGCUGUUUACACAUGUUGCCUUCUCACUUCCAAGAGGCUUGCUCAUCUCUCUGACAACAGAAAACUAGCCCCAGGGGCCUCCAGGAGCCCCCCCCCCCCCACCAGAGCACACCUGAUAGAAACUCACUUCUGUCGUUCUCUGUGGAGUGACUAGACAUCUCAGGUGAAUGUCACCCUCUGAAGUGGGUACCCAACGUCUUCAAUCUUACGUUCACCCAGUGUCUGAGUGGUACUGAGCACAAAGCAGACAAUCAAUAAAUACUUACUAGAUCCACA